UUCAACCAACACUUUAAUUUGUCGGCGUUAACUCUUCUUCAAAAUCUUUACUCUUCUUUAGUAUCUGUUUGUAAAGUACGAUGCUUUUUGUCGAUUCUGCAAAUGGGGAAAUCGUGAAAUCGAAGAACCUGGAGAGGCUUUCAAUUGAGAAGCCCUGAGAUUUGGGGUUUAGAUGAUGUUAAAGGCGAAGACUUUAUGUUAUCGUUUAGUGAAAUCCAGAAAGGCUACCACUUGUGCUCUUCCCUCUGAACCAGCUCCCUCCACUUCCGUAGCCGCCUUCUCCGCCGCUUCUGGUGACCACCGGUCUCGAUGUUUGUCUUUGAUAGUCAAACUUGGUCGGAGAGGUCUUGUAGACUCUGCUCGGGAAGUGGUUCGCCGUGUUAUUGAUGGCUGUUCUUCUAUUUCAGAGGCGGCUUUAGUUACUGAUUUCGCAGCCAACAAUGGAAUAGAACUCGAUUCGUGUUGCUGCGGCGCAUUGAUAAGGAAGCUUACGGAGAUGGGUCAGCCUGGUUUAGCUGAAACUUUCUAUAAUCAACGUGUAAUUGGAAACGGUAUUGUUCCUGAUUCGUGGGUUUUAGAUUCAAUGGUUUUUUGUUUGGUUAAGUUGCGGAGAUUCGAUGAAGCUAGAGCACAUUUAGAUAGCAUUAUAGCUUCUGGUUAUGUUCCUAGUAGAGACGCCUCUAGCUUAGUAAUUGAUGAGUUGUGUAAUCAAGAUCGAUUUGUCGAGGCGUUUCAUUGCUUUGAACAAGUGAAAGAGAGAGGCAGUGGUUUAUGGCUUUGGUGUUGUAAGAGAUUGUUUAAGGGGUUGUGCGAUAAUGGACACUUGGAUGAAGCAAUUGGGAUGUUAGACACUCUGUGUGAGCUGACGAGAAUGCCUCUGCCAUUUAAUCUAUAUAAAUCUCUCUUUUACGGUUUUUGUAGAAGAGGAUGUGCUUCUGAAGCAGAGGCUCUGUUUGAUCAUAUGGAAGCUGAUGGUUACUUUGUGGAUAAGGUCAUGUACACUUUUUUGAUGAAAGAAUAUUGCAGGGAUAACAAUAUGACAAUGGCAAUGCGGCUUUACUUGCGGAUGGUUGAGAAAAGUUGUGAGCUUGAUCCUUGUAUUUUCAACACUUUGAUUCAUGGGUUCAUGAAGUUGGGUAUGCUGGAUAAAGGGAGGGUACUGUUUAGUCAAAUGAUAAAAAAGGGUGUGCAGACGAAUGUUUUCACAUACCAUAUAAUGAUUGGUAGCUACUGCAAGGAAGGAGAUGUUGAUUAUGCUUUGAAGCUUUUUGAGAACAACCAGGGCGUCGAAGAUUUAUCCCGAAACGUGCAUUGUUAUACAAAUCUUAUAUUCGGGUUUUACAAAAAGGGCGGAUUGGAUAAAGCUGUUGACUUGUUGAUGAGGAUGUUAGACAAUGGGAUUGUCCCGGACCAUAUUACUUACUUUGUUCUCUUGAAGAUGCUCCCAAAGUGCCACGAGCUUAAGUAUGCGAUGGUUAUCUUACAAGCAAUUUUCGAUAACGGAUGUGGGAUUGAUCCACCAGUUAUUAAUGAUCGUGGAAAUAUUGAGGUAAAGGUUGAGUCUUUGCUUGAGGAGAUUUCUAGAAAAGAUGUGAAUCUUGCUGCUGUGGGACUUGCUGUUGUCACGACUGCAUUGUGUUCUCAAAGAAAAUUUACCGCUGCUUUAUCUCGUAUCGAAAAAAUGGUCAAUCUGGGGUGCACACCCUUGCCCUUUUCAUACAAUUCAGUGAUCAAAUGUCUAUUUCAGGAAGGUGUCAUCGAGGAUUUCGGGUCUUUAGUCAAUCUUAUCCAAGAAUUGGACUUUGUCCCGGAUCUUGAUACGUAUUUGAUAGUGGUGAAUGAGUUAUGCAAGAAUAAUGACAGAGAUGGUGCAUUUGCUGUUAUAGAUGUAAUGGAAGCGCUUGGAUUGAGACCUAAUGUCGCUAUUUACAGCUCAAUUAUUAGUUCUCUUGGCAAACAGGGAAGAGUUGUUGAAGCAGAAGAGACGUUUGCCAAGAUGCUUGAGUCUGGGAUUCAACCUGAUGAGAUUGCUUACAUGAUUAUGAUCAAUGCUUAUGCGAGAAACGCAAGAAUUAAUGAAGCAAAUGAGUUAGUUGAAGAAGUCGUCAAACAUUUCGUUCGGCCUAGCUCUUUUACUUACACAGUAUUGAUCAGCGGGUUUGUGAAGAUGGGUAUGAUGGAGAAAGGAUGUCAGUAUCUCGAUAAGAUGCUUGAAGACGGUUUAUCUCCAAACGUGGUGCUGUAUACUUCACUCAUCGGUCAUUUCCUCAAGAAGGGAGAUCUGAAGUUUUCUUUUACAUUGUUCGGUUUAAUGGGAGAAAACGAGAUUAAACAUGAUCAUGUAGCGUACAUCACACUGCUCAGCGGUUUAUGGAGAGCUAUGGCACGAAAGAAAAAGAGGCAUGUUAUUGUUGAGCCAGGAAAAGAAAAGCUUCUUAGACGUCUUCUUCACAUAAGGCCUAUAGAAGCGAUCUCCUCUUCCUUGUGCAACUACGGAUCAACAAGCUUUGCAAUGGAAGUGAUUGGGAGAGUGAAAAAGUCUAUAAUCCCCAACUUAUACCUCCACAACGCCAUUAUAACAGGAUAUUGCGCAGCAGGAAGGCAGGACGAAGCUUAUAAGCAUCUCGAAUCAAUGCAAAAGGAAGGCAUUGUUCCAAAUCAGGUAACUUACACAAUUCUGAUGAAAUCUCAUAUCGAGGCAGGGGAGAUGGAGUCAGCUAUAGAUUUGUUUGAGGAGUCAGAUUGCGAGCCGGAUCAAGUUAUGUACAGUACUCUGCUUAAGGGUCUCUGUGAAAGUAACAGACCAGUUGAUGCUUUGGCUCUGAUGUUAGAAAUGCAGAAGCAAGGGAUCCAUCCAAAUAAAUACUCUUAUGAAAAGCUGCUUCAGUGUCUCUGUUACUCUAGGUUGACUAUGGAAGCUGUUAAGGUGGUUAAAGACAUGGCUGCUCUUUAUUACUGGCCUCGUUCGAUAAACCACACUUGGUUGAUUUAUAUUUUGUGUGAAGAGAAGAAGUUGAGAGAGGCUCGUGCUUUGUUUGCUAUAAUGGUUCAAUCUGGAAGAUCUUUAUUGAAUUGUACUAAACCGGGAUUAUUAAGAAUGCUUAACCAUAAUCAACAACUUUAGUUUUUUUU